AUGGCCACGAUGAGAGCAUCUCGGCGAGUCCUCUCUCUCACCGAGUUGGUAUCCUUGAUCUUCGAGUUCGUUGCAGUCGGCUACCUGCCCGGUGAUGAUGAGGUUUUCUAUAUGCCAGAAAAUCCCAGGCGUAUAGCAAGUUCAAUUUCACGAGCCACACUGUGGAACUGCGCACAGGUCAACACACUCUGGUUCCGUGAGGCUAUGCGCCACCUUUGGAGUGAAUUAUCCGGGUCAAAGUUUGGCGCUCUUGAAAGCAUGCCGUUGGCACGAAGACAGAUUUACAUGAGUUUUGUUACGAGGCUCUCCUUAGUCUGCGCCCCGUACUCGAGUCAGCGAAAUGGAUUACUCAAGGGCUUGAAUUUCCCACGCGUUCGAUCUGUGACUAUUCAAUUUUGGGAAAAGUUAAAGCUUCUCUAUCUGCCCAAGAUUCAAGCUCCGGCUCUUCGGGUUCUUGAUAUUCGGUUGGCGAUGAUAAUGCCAACGGAUACGCAUAUUCUUUUCGACGAUCGUGUGGAGAAACGAUUCGUUGAACGCUGCAAGGUUGCUUACGCCGUCCCUUUUCAAGUUCAUUAA